UAUUAUAUAUAGGCAGUGGCAGAUAUCGAUCUGAUCCAAAUAUAAAAUAAAAAUCCCUCCUUUUACAGACGCAGUUUCAGACAUAUCAGAGAGUUUUCACUCUUCUUCUCAAUCAUGACUAUGGAGCCCGACAUUGAAUCCAAGUACACACACAAUGGAAAGGUUAUGGUGGGCACUGCCAUUCUCCUCUUCCUUCUCAUAAUCUUCAUCAUUCUCUUCAACGCCUACGUCCGCUUCUGCCGCCGUCGGCGCCGCGCUCUCUUGUCCCAUUCCCUUCUGACCACCUCCUUCCCCGAGCCCUGUCUCGAUCCUUCCGUCAUCAAGUCCCUUCCCACUUUUUCCUUCUCCGCAGCCGUCCACCGCUCUCUCCAGGAAUGCGCCGUGUGCCUGUCGGAGUUCGCCGAUGGUGAUAAAGUCCGCGUGCUCCCCAACUGUAAGCAUGGUUUCCACACCCACUGCAUCGACGCCUGGUUCGCCUCUCACUCCACGUGUCCUCUGUGCCGAACUCCGGCCCAACCGGCCAAGGGUUGCUCUGACGAUGAAGCCGGUUCGGUUCCCGUUUCGGAAGCGGACGAGGGUUGUUCUUCGUCUUUGGGUCCCCCAAUUGCGUGUCCGAGAAAGGCGUUGGAUGUGGUGAUAGAGGUGGGAGAUCUGGAAAGAGAUUUGAAUCCUGCAACGGAAGAUGACGGAUUCAGAUGCUCAUUGAAGAGGUUUUGUAACGCUUAAGCGAGUCAAUGCUAGGGUUUAUCAUAAUCUAAUCCCUGAAUUUGGUUUUAAUCUGUGAAUCUAAAAUCACUGAAAUCUCAAAUCUCAGUUGAAUUUGGUUAGUAAUGCACAUUUGGACCAUUCUAAUUUUCGAUUAUUUUAC